AUGGACAAGUACCUAAGGGCGUGGAGACAAGAUGCCCUGAACAAGGGCCAAAAUGAUGCUGCCAUCUACAUUGGUGACAAGGUCCUCGCCUUGACGAAUAAUGACUCCGAUGCGUUCUGGCUGGCACAAGUUCAUUUUGGCAACAACAACUUCACGCGUGCCCUUGGUCUGCUGUCCAGGAAAGAUCUCAUAGACCGAAGCCUGUCGUGUCGCUAUUUGGCUGCGCACUGCUACAUCAAGCAAGGCCGAUAUGAACAGGCUCUCAAUAUCUUGGGCGAAGACAACCCGACCCAUCUGGUGACGACCUCUCACAAUGCUCGGAGGAAACUGGCCCAUAUCAAUGGACACACCUCAAGGAAUGUCACGCACAGAGGUGUCAGAGCUCAAAGGGAUCGGAUUGAGCUUAGUGAAGAACGGGAAAGAGACAGAGAAUCUGAGAAAGAACUCAAGUUUCAGGCUGGCAUGUGCUAUCUGCGAGGCUUGUGCUUUGCUAAGCGGAAUGCCUUUCACAAAGCCAGAGAGUGUUACAAAGAUGCCAUACGGAUAGACGUCCAGUGUUUCGAGGCAUUUGACCAACUUAUGAAGAAUUCGAUGCUGUCGCCUGCGGAGGAAUUGGCCUUUUUGGAAGAGCUGGAUUUCGACUCAAUCCGCAUUGAUGAUCAGUCGCUGGCCCAGGAAGCCGCACAUUUCACCAAACUACUCUACACCACCAGAUUAUCCAAAUACUCUUCCCCAGCCACGCUGGCAAACGCUACUGAGACCCUCUCAACUCAUUAUAAUCUUGCCUCUAACCCCGACCUACUCCUCACCAGAGCUGAAACACUGUAUACCCAAUGCCGGUUCUACGAUGCUCUUGCGAUCACGACCAACAUCUUGAACUCACAAGACAGCUCAACCAGUGCACUAGAUGCCUCCUCGGCGAACACGAAUGCCUCUCUCGGUCACAGUCCACGUCUGUAUCCCCUUCAUCUUGCCCUUCUCUUUGAAACAGGAUCGAACAAUACUUUAUUCCACCUAUCCCACACGCUGUCAACGCAUGCCCCUCACGAAGCCUACACGUAUCUUGCUAUUGGUACCUAUUACCUGUCAACUUUUCGAAUAGCGGAAGCGCGUCGUUUCUUUUCCAAAGCAUCUUUGAUGGAUCCCCAUUCCGCCCCAGCUUGGAUUGGCUUCGCACAUACCUUUGCCGCGGAAGGUGAACAUGAUCAAGCGAUAGCUGCCUAUUCGACUGCAGCCCGACUGUUCCAGGGAAGUCAUCUCCCGCAGCUUUUUCUCGGAAUGCAACAUCUUGCACUGAACAACAUGCAGCUGGCUUGGGAGUACUGCCUAGCCGCUUUUGAGAUGAGCAGCGGAACCGUUCAAAGUGGGACCGAAGAGGAGUUUUCCAAUAGCAUCUUCAACGGCACCACUAACCUGGGCGGUGAUCCUUUGGUUCUGAAUGAGAUCGGCGUCAUUCUAUACCACCAGUCCAACCUUCCAGCCGCGGCAAAACUAUUCCAUAAAGCCUUGGAACUAGCUUCAGAUUUAGGCUGUAACAUGACUGCGUGGGUUGCAAGCAGGGCCAAUUUGGCGCACACUUUGCGUCGUUUGGGUCGGUUCGAAGAGUCGCUCGCCGAAUUCGAUGAGUGCUUAAGAAUAGCGACAGGAGGAGCGGCCCCAGCUUCGGCCUUCGAGCCAGGCAGGGGCACGACAGCUUUUGCCAAUCUUAGUCUAAAUGGCACAGGUAUGGGUCUCACUCCGAGUGGAGCAGCCAGUGGUUACGAUGAGCGCAAUCUCAUUGGGAGCAUUCAUACGAGCAGGGGCUUGGUUCUUCUCAGCAUGGGCGGUCGGACAAGAGAGGCUGUCAUGGCCUUACAUGAGGCCGUCCGAGUGCUCGGAGGUGAUGCAGGCGGUGGUGGAGUGGCAGGAACCCUACUUACUCGAGCAAUGGAGUAUUGGGCUCUCGAGGAGGAUCUUGAAAUUGACGAUGAAGAUUCGGCCUCGCAACUAGAGUCUGUCGUGACUGACAAAGCAGCUUUAAGAUCCAAACGCAAGGGCAAAGAAGUUGUCUCUACCAGAUCCGCCACGUCCACGAAGGGAUUGAGUAACGAGCGUCUGAUCGAGCAAAGAUUGGAUGGUGAUGCUGACGACAUGCUCGAUGCUGCUCUGGGAGCUGUGCGAGAAUGA